CCAACCAAACCAAACCAAACCAAACCAAAUGAACCCAACCCCACCUCCCUCCAGAGCUCCAUCCAUCUUUAAAAAAAUUCCCCAAAAAACACUCCGCACGAUCCGUCGGUUUCGUUUCCCGGAAAAUUCAUUCCUCUACCUGUAACAAAACACAGAAAUUGACCCAUGCAGUUUUGAAUAUUCGAUAAUUGAGAGUGAAAAUAAAAGAAAGAAUGAGCUGAUCGUAACUAUAAUUUAUAAUGAUGAAGAAAGUAACGAGAAAGGUAGGAAAAUAUGAAGUUGGCCGCACAAUUGGUGAAGGAACCUUCGCGAAGGUCAAAUUUGCUCAAAAUAGAGAAACAGGAGAGAGUGUCGCCAUGAAGAUUCUUUCUAAAUCCGCCAUUCUUAAGCACAGAAUGGUUGAUCAGAUAAAAAGAGAGAUAUCGAUCAUGAAGCUUGUCAGACAUCCUUACAUAGUUAGGCUGCAUGAGGUUUUGGCUAGCCGGACGAAGAUAUAUAUAAUUCUAGAGUUUGUUACUGGAGGAGAAUUAUUUGAUAAAAUUGUUCAUCAAGGAAGACUUGGGGAGAACGAGUCGAGACGGUAUUUUCAGCAGCUUAUUGAUGCUGUUGCUCAUUGUCAUUGCAAGGGUGUGUACCAUAGAGACCUGAAGCCUGAAAAUCUUCUUCUUGAUGCAUUUGGAAAUUUGAAGGUUUCCGACUUUGGAUUGAGUGCGUUGCCGCAGAAAGGGGUUGGACUUCUUCAUACGACAUGUGGAACCCCGAAUUAUGUUGCACCUGAGGUGCUUGGUAACCAAGGUUAUGAUGGGGCUGCUGCUGAUGUGUGGUCAUGUGGAGUCAUCCUCUUUGUUCUAAUGGCUGGAUAUCUUCCAUUUGAGGAGGCAGAUCUUCCAACCUUGUACCGAAAGAUAAAUGCUGCUGAAUAUUCUUGUCCAUUUUGGUUUUCCCCUGGGGCGAAAGCAUUGAUAGAUAAGAUACUCAAUCCCAAUCCUAGAACUCGUAUAGGGAUUGAGGGAAUUAAAAAACAUCCAUGGUUUCAGAAAAACUAUGAGCCUGUUGGACAUAGGGAAGACGAGGAAGUGAAUUUGGAUGAUGUUCAUGCUGUUUUUGAUGACAUUGAGGAUCAAUAUGUAGCAGAGCAACUGGAGAACAGUGUAGGUGGUCCUUUGGUAAUGAAUGCAUUUGAGAUGAUUACCCUGUCUCAAGGGUUGAAUCUAUCAGCGUUGUUCGACAGACGUCAGGAUUAUAUAAAACGACAAACUCGUUUUGUAUCACGCAAACCUGCAAAGGAUAUAAUUUCAACAAUUGAAGCAGUUGCAGAAUCAAUGAAUCUCAAGGUCCAUACACGAAAUUACAAGACAAGACUUGAAGGAGUAUCUGAAAACAAGGCUGGACAAUUUGCAGUUGUUCUGGAGGUUUAUGAAGUUGCUCCAUCACUUUUCAUGGUAGAUGCUCGGAAGGCUUCUGGGGAAACUCUUGAAUAUCACAAGUUCUACAAGAAUUUCUGCACUAAGCUAGAAAAUAUCAUCUGGAAACCACCAGAGGGUGCAAAACUUCCUGGCUGCUUCGAACAAUGACUUGCUGAUCCAGUCUUUUGGGUGUGAAGCAAAUCAGUGAGAAGAAGGGCAAAAAGGAAGAUAAUCCUGCCGACAGAACCGCCAGAAAUACGCACUGAUGGCGUGCCAGUGUACUUGUUCCUGAUUCAUAUAUUAUAAUAAUGUUUGUAAAUUACAAGAUUUGUCUGAUAUGAAAUCUAUUGUAUUUUAGAACUUGAAGGUCGCCCUAUUUUUAA